AUGGCCGAUAGCUUUGCACCGCCUCUGUGUCAGUCUAUAGCAGAUGAUGGCCUGCACAUGUGCACAUCGUCGCUCCGCUCCAACGACUGCAGCGGCACAGCAGAUGGCGUUGCCUCUGCGCCUGACAGAAUGACUAGCGAGACCGCAAUGUCUAAUGUCGAGCCACUGGAGGAUCUGGCCGAUGUGAUUCUAUCGGCGCUUCGCCUUUAUCUCCAGAGGAAGCAAUAUGCAUGCAUGGUGCAUGUGAUCCAAGCCAACUUGGCGAGUACGAAGAGUAUGUCGUGCAGCUAUACGAUAAUACAGCUGCUUACCGUAAACAGCAGCUUCAUGAUCGGACCGCACGAUGAGCAACAUUUGCCUUCGCCCAAAGACUGGAUCUGCACACCAGACGAAGACCUGACGCACGGCGUUAUGGACGAGCAAGCCGACGACAACCCAACCUUCCAUCAGCCUGCCGAAGUGUUGGAGAAAGACACGGCACCACGCCCCCCUCGCCCUUGGCUGGUGAUGCCAAACAAGCCGGCCCUGAAGCUACGAGAGCGUGGCGAGACAGACCUACCAGUAGUUCUACGCAUUCUGCCGAGCGAUGGCUCUAAUGACCACCACGGUCUGCAAGGCUCGAUAGAUCAGUGA